UUACGGGCGAGGGUUAAGCUUUCCUUUUUUACUAGAGCUACAUAGACUCAUAGAGCUACAUAGACUCAUACAUAGAGCUCUGACAGCCCGAGCCGAGUUUCCCGCUCCUUGUCGAUAAUUGACUUUGCCACUUAACCUUCCCUUCCCGCUCUCCCCUGGCUUUCUUCCCACCCUAGGCUGUCCCUCUCGUCUGCUACCUGUCACUUACCUUGCCGGAGUGUUCCUAUCAUUCGUUUCCUAAAAUACCUGCUCUCCUUUCCUCAGAUACUUACCAUGCCUCGAUCGUACACGAGAAAAACGUCAAGAGGUCAGUGGACGAGGGCGGCGAUGUAUGCCGCGUUGGAGGACGUCCAACAAGGGAAGUCAACUCUAAAGGCUUCUAAGGACCACGGUGUCCCUCGAAGCUCCCUGCAGCGCCGACUGUCGGGACAGUGUCCACUGAAGGCGCCACUGGGGCCACGUAAGCCGGUCUUCACCCCACAGCAAGAGCGCCAACUGAAAAAUCAUAUCAUCGAGAUGGAAAGGAUGUUCUUUGGAUUGACACAGACGGAUGCUCGCCGACUCGCGUUUCAGUACGCGGAAAAGAACAGGCUGAACCACAGGUUCAAGAACGGCAUCGCCGGAAAAGACUGGCUAAUAAGCUUUUUGAAACGCAACAAGGACUUGUCGCUGAGAACCCCCGAGGCGACCUCAGCGGCACGCGCGAAGGGGUUCAACAAGGAAGUGGUGUCGAAGUUUUUUGACAUCCUGGUGGAGGCCGGCAAGAGCGUGAAGGGGCCACACGUCGUCUACAAUGUAGAUGAAACAGGAAUCACGACAGUGCAAAGCAAGCCAAGCAGAGUGCUGGCGCAGAAGGGAAGGAAGCAAGUCGGAAGCUUGACGUCAGCAGAACGUGGGGAGCUGACGACAGCGGUCGUUUGUAUGUCGGCAGUCGGCAACUUUGUUCCGCCGAUGAUGAUCUUGCCGAGGGCCAGAGUGAACAAGAACCUUGAGGAAGGCGCACCACCCGGGACCGUAUUCGAAUACCAUCCAUCGGGCUGGAUGCAGACCGACAUCUUCACCCGCUGGUUCCAGCACUUCAUCCGCCACGCAAAGCCCAGCGCGGAAGAACCAGCACUGCUCAUACUGGAUGGACAUAUGACGCACACCAGAAAUCUGGAUGUGAUCGAGAUGGCCAGGGCCAACCAUGUCACCAUCGUGGUCAUCCCACCUCACACGAGCCACCGCCUUCAGCCGCUGGAUGUGGGCUUCAUGAAGCCUCUGAACACCUUCUACGUCCAAGCCAUCGAAAAGUUCUUGAGGCAGAACCCGGGCCGAGUGGUCACGCUGUACCAAAUCGCCCGACUGUUCGGCGAGGCCUACCUGAAGGCAGCAACCCCGGCAACGGCGAUCAACGCAUUCAAAAAAUGCGGCAUCUUCCCCAUCGACAUGGACGUAUUCGCUGAAGAAGACUUCAGCCCGUCUGACGUGACGCAUCCGGUGCGUCCGUCAACACUCGCCGCAGAAGAGGAGGCAUCGAGUCUUUUGGACGAGCCGACAGCCGGGCCAUCCGGUCUCCAGGCCAGCGAGACGACAGCCGGGCCAUCCGGUCUCCAGGCCAGCGAGCCGACAGCCGGGCCAUCCGGUCUCCAGGCCAGCGAGCCGACAGCCGGGCCAUCCGGUCUCCAGGCCAGCGAGCCGACAGCCGGGCCAUCCGGUCUCCAGCCCAGCGAGACGACAGCCGGGCCAUCCGGUCUCCAGGCCAGCGAGCCGACAGCCGGGCCAUCCGGUCUCCAGGCCAGCGAGCCGACAGCCGGGCCAUCCGGUCUCCAGGCCAGCGAGACGACAGCCGGGCCAUCCGGUCUCCAGGCCAGCGAGACGACAGCCGGGCCAUCCGGUCUCCAGGCCAGCGAGCCGACAGCCGGGCCAUCCGGUCUCCAGGCCAGCGAGACGACAGCCGGGCCAUCCGGUCUCCAGCCCAGCGAGACGACAGCCGGGCCAUCCGGUCUCCAGGCCAGCGAGACGACAGCCGGCACUACCUCGGAGAUCCGCCCGUGCGAUAUACUGCCACUACCUCGGGCAAAUCUGCCGGCAACCUCUGCUGGUGCCAGAAGACGGACCACCCCGGUAGCUGGGCCAGCUAUAUUAACCAGUUCGCCUGUCAAAAGGGCCCUGGAGAACAGCCUGACGAAACGGAAGCCCACACAAAGCAAGAAGAAGAGGACCAAAGCUUGCCGAAAGGGGAGCGGAAAGGAGCGAGGAGCCUGCGCUGCUGAAGCCGUUGUUCCCUGUUUGUACUGUGGCGAGUCCUUUGGUGACUCAGUAGCGGGCGAGGGGUGGGCAUGCUGCACUUGUUGCAAAAAGUGGGCCCAUGAUGAAUGCGCUGGACUGGAUGACAACGAUGCCAACUACGUGUGUGAGUUCUGUGCUCCGUAAAACAUCAGUGUGGACUGUGAUUCACUGGCACUGCGCACAGCUCGGCGGAAUGGCGCGCACGCGCGCGCGUUCAUUGUGUGAAACCGACACCUUUGUCAACGUUUAGCUUAAAUAAGUGUUCAUGUUUUGGUUGGUGUGUUCAAGUUUUGCAUCCGUUUGCCCGACU